AUGGCUGCUAUAAGUUUACUGUAUCUUCAGAAAGUAGAUGUUGCAGAAACUGAUGCAGUUGUUCAUUUCAGCGUCAGAAUCACGAUCGUCCAAGGCCUCGCCAUUCUCAUUGGUGCGUAUGUUGCACAGUCGGAUAAAGUUCAACCAGUUUUGCUCGACCCUCCGUCAGCCUUCCUAAGGCUGCCUGAAGACACCAAGGUGGGUACGCUCCUAUACACCAUCAACGGCCAGAAGACGAGUUACAAGUACAGUUUAGUGGACACUUCACAAACCCAGUUUUCGUUAGCCAAAGAUGCUAUCUCACUGAAAGCUAAAUUUGAUUUUGAAAAGAAAUCAAGCCACCACUUGCUUGUGAGGGUUAGCGAAGGUCUCUCUACUGUCAAUUUUACUUUAUUCGUGGACGUAGUCAAUGUCUAUGACGAAGCACCAAAGAUAUCUCUGAAGUCAUCUGUCUCAAUCCCGGAGGAGCUCCCAGUCGGCACAAUGAUAGGUCAGCUGUUCACCGUCACUGACGCCGACCCAGGAGAUACCCUGACAUGCGCUCUAACAGGUCCCAACGCCAAAUACUUCGAGGCUGUUAACUGUACCCUCAAGAUGAAGUUGAGGAUUGAUCGAGAUGGCGCCAAUGGAGUCAAAAAGCUGGACAAGAUAGGCCUUACAGUCACCGACAUGGGCAAACUCUCGACCUCCCAAGCCUUUACUGUAGAUAUCGUGGACAUCAAUGACAACCCACCUACAUUCGAGAAACCGAUUUACAUAAUACCUAUCGAUGCAAAACCGACUGAUCAGUGCAUCCAGAAGAUCACUGCAAUGGACAAAGAUAAGGAUGGAAAGCAACUUUACGAUGUAGAGUUGAGUAUCAAAGAUGGGAACAAUGCUGGAGUAUUCAAUCUUGCUUCCGGGUGCAUCAAUGCUAACCUAGAGAAGAUGAUGGAUCGAGCCACCCUACAGAAGGUGAAGGGGUCUUACAGUCUGCUAAUAGAAGCAAAGGAUAAACCAGCAACUGGAGUCAUGCCGCUAGUAGCCACAACGACCGUGGUGGUCAAGGUCUCGUCUGUUGGGUCGCCGGCCCCGAAUGGCAAGAAGACCGACGGUGCGGCCAAUCCGAACAAGCUGGCUCCUGAAUGGGUAAAGCCUAUUCCUGUGAGGGGGAAGUUCAAAACGGUGAAGGUAUCCGAGACGGCAAAACCAGGAUCCGUUGUCUUCCACGUUGAAGCUAAAGAUCAGGACUCUGGCUUAGGAGGGAGGGUUGUGUACGGCUUCAGUCCAAAACUAUCAAAGAGUAAAAAUGCGAAGCAAAACAAAGCUGGGAUGUAUUUGACGAUGGAUGCCCUGACGGGUGAUCUCCGUGUGGCCAUGCCUCUUGACAGGGACAAAAAGUCGGGAGGAGUGGCCAACUUUAAAAUAUACAUAUAUGCUAAUGACAGUGCCACGCCCCACAAAUCCAUUAAGGCUUGGGUCACCAUAAGUAUCACAAAUGAAAAUGACAAUCCACCUUCAUUUGACAAGUCUCUGUAUGAUACAAGCUACGGGUGUAAGCACAAGCAUGAAAAGGAGAUAUUAUCGAUGUCCAUAUUGGACUAUGACAAAGAUCCAAUCAAGGCGCCAGUGUUGGGUGGCAAGGGAAAUGAAAACUAUGGUAUUUACAAAACUGGUCGAAAUUAUCUCUUGAGAGUAAAAUCGGAUUCCAAGCGGGAUCAGCUAAAAGAUGCAAUUGACGUGGUCACUGUGAACGCUACCGACGGCAAGUAUACUUCCACGGCUAUCGUAGUUGUACGGUUUCAGAGCUGCGCUCCAGACCCGACGACAGUCAAGCCAACUACAUCUAAGCACGCCCCAACCACCUCUGUAGUGAAGCAUCCAGUGACACAUAUCCCCAGUUCUACGUCUACUGCAGUUCUGACUACCACGACAGAGGGCACCACGACGUCAACACGCGCCACAACUUCUACGACAGAAGUUGUGUCUACGACUGGCGAGGCAUUCGUCACGUUAUGUACCACAGUGAGGAAAGAGACACUCCCUACAACGCUUGCCACUGAGCCGCCCACAACCAAGACAUCAACAAACUCCGUCGUGUGA